AUGGCAAAGGACAAUCAAUCCAGAGUGACUGAGUUCAUCCUUGUUGGCUUAACAGACAAACCGGAGCUGCAGCUGCCCAUGUUCCUCCUCUUCCUUGGGAUCUAUCUGUUUACGGUACUGGGGAACCUGGGCAUGAUCAUCCUGAUCCUGCUCAGCUCUCACCUGCACACCCCCAUGUACUUCUUCCUCAGCAAUUUAUCUUUUAUUGACCUCUGUUAUUCAACUAUAGUCACCCCAAAAAUGCUUGUGAACUUUGUGACAACAAAAAAUGUCAUCUCCUAUCAGGAAUGUAUGACUCAGCUCUAUUUCUUCAUUGCUUUUGCUAUAUCUGAGUGUCAUAUGUUGGCUGCAAUGGCGUAUGACCGCUAUGUUGCCAUUUGUAACCCCUUGCUCUACAAUGUCACCAUGUCUUUCCAAGUCUGUGCACGGAUGGUAGGUGGGGUGUAUGGUAUAGGCAUCGUCGGUGCAGCAAUUCAUACCCUUUGCAUGCUAAGAGUGGUUUUCUGUAAGGCUAAUAUAAUAAACCAUUACUUCUGUGAUCUUUUCCCAUUGAUGGAGCUUGCCUGCUCCAGCACUUACGUCAAUGAGGUAGUACUCCUGUGUCUCAGUGCUUUCAAUUUCUUUAUUCCAAACCUUACCAUCCUGGGUUCUUAUGUCUUCAUCAUCAUUACCAUCCUCCGUAUCAAAUCCACUGAGGGCAGAUUCAAAGCCUUCAGCACAUGUAGUUCCCACUUCUGUGCUGUUUCUGUCUUCUUUGGUUCCCUGGCAUUCAUGUACCUACAGCCCUUCUCUGUCAACUCCAAAGACAAAGGCAAAGUGUCCUCUGUGUUUUACACUACUGUUGUGCCCAUGCUGAAUCCCAUGAUCUACAGCCUGAGGAACAGGGAUGUCAAACUAGCUCUAAAUAAGAUAUUUCAAAAAAAGAAGAUUCUUGUGUAA